AUGUCAUCAUCGUUUCGUUCAUCACAGGAAACUCUCAUCAGUCCCAAAAGGAAAUCAUUAAAUACCAUUGAGACGUGCGUCACCCGAUUAUUAGUUUCAACAAAGCACUUGCUUGAGAGUUUAACACAAUGGGCCCGGCAGGAAGCAGAUGACAAGUUUGUAUCAGAUGCAUACGUGAAAUUGGGCAACGACUUUAGGGCUGCAACAAAAGCAUUUGCAAAUAGCGGGGUUGAUACUUCGGAUCUUGGGAAUGUACCGCAAGCAUUGAGAUCAAUCUUGGAAUCUGCGUUAAAUGAGGCCCCGUCACAGGAGAAUCUCGAUCGAUUUUUGCCUGAAAUAAGAAACAUUAUUGUUACGUUACUACAAAGAUUGAAAGCGAAACAGGCUCGUGCCAAAGUGGUGUCUCAGGAACGUGCCAGGCAAGAGUGGAGCAGAGAGCAGAACAGCAGAGAGCAGAACAGCAGAGAAGUGGAUAGCAGAGAAGUGAAUAGCAGAGAGCAGAACAACCGAGAGGGGAUCGAAGAAGAAGGUGGACACGAGCCGCAUCCAAGCAUUUCAAAACCAAGACGUUCUCAGCUCUCUCACCCAAGGGAGUCUGGAAGGUCUCAAAAUGAUGCUCUACUUCAACUUCAAAAUGGAGAUGCCAUGCAGCGUCGUGCCAGCAAGCGAUUUAGCGCCUACCAAUAUGCUAAGCUCACUCACCAAAGCACUGGAGCCGACUCUUCACCGGCACUUCCCGCACCUAAAUCUCCCAAUAUAUCUGCAAGUACUUCAAUGCAGGAGGACCCGGCUCAAGACAUUACUGUGUUGUUGAGGAUAGGACUGAGAACUAAAAAGGCUCGUCUCUCCACUCCAAUCACGCUAGCCUCCAUCCGCCUCGCAUUUGUUGAAAAAUUCGCUUAUUCUCCUGGAUCCGGCAACUUCCCUGACAUUUAUAUACAAGAUCCUCGAGCCAAAAUAUUUUAUGAGUUGGAAGAGCAAUCCUUGAACGACGUGAAGGAUGGGUCGUUGUUGAGCUUAAACGAGGAAAAUUCUGACCAACUAAGCGAGUUGAAUACAAAACUCGACGCUUUAAUGAAAAAGAUUGAUUCAAUGAAUAGUGAAGUCAAUGUUCAAGCCAUGGUUCCAGUGCCACCACCUAGCUCCGAGUCAUCAUCAGACGAUCGAAAAGAGAUCUCGAGAAUUGAAAAUGAACUUCGUGCUAUUAAACAAUUGAACAAAAAUUCCACCGAUUCCUUCAAGCUGGUGCUUGCAAGCAUCUCCACUCAGUUGAGCAAAUUGCAGGAGUCAAAUGUUGAAAUUUCACAAGGCUCAAACCGAACCUAUAUGGAGUCAUGUCAUACGAAACUCUCUGACGAGUCAGAUGCGUUGUUGACCAAAGUUGACGAUUUACAAGACAUUAUGGAAGAAAUGAGGAAAGAUGUUGCCCAAAGAGGCGUUCGAAUUGGAGAGAAACAGUUGAAAUACAUAACAAAGGAAAUUACCGAUGCAAAGAAGUCACUUGAUGAGAUGAAUAGCUUUAUAACCAAAGAGAAGUCGAUUUGGAAAAAAAUUUGGGAAUCGGAAUUGGAUAAAGUUUGUGAGGAGCAGCAAUUUUUCAAAUUGCAAGACGACUUGACAAGCGACUUACAAGUAGACUUGCAAAAGAUUCAAGAAACUUACGAAUUGAUUGAGCAGUGUUCCAUUGAACAAAGUAAAGGAGCAUCAGCCAAGCGUAACAAGUUUGUGGCCAAUUUACGUAUUCCCGAACCUGGUGAAAGUUUGCACGAUAUUCAAGGACAAGUGUUGGUUGAUAUUGCUCAAUUGAACCCGAAUCAUGAAAGCAGAUUGGAGGCUAUUGAACGGGCAGAGAAGUUGCGAGAGCGUGAGAGACAAUUGUCACAAUUGAAUAAGUUUCAAGAAGAAUUGGGUGAUUUUGUUGAGGAUAAGCGACUCAAAAAUUCAGGAGGGAUUGAAGAAAUCGAAUCUUUACGAAAACAACGGGAUGAGGAAAAUUUGAAAAAUUCGUUUGGAAUAGUAUAG